UUUACAAUAGCAACCCCGUACGCGUCUACGAUUUGUUUCCGAAAAGGUCGUCGAUGACUUUGCGAUUAUACGAAAUUACAAAGAAAAGUGUAGCUGUUUGUGUAAUUUUAUAUCAAGUUAUUUAAAUAGUAAACACAUACACGAUGGCUGGAGCAAUGUUGUUCGAGAGAUCACGCGUUUCAUCGUCGAACAGAGACGAAGACGUACGCAUGACCGAUAAAAUGGUUAGCACUGGCGAAUUGCCUGAAGAUGACGAGGAGAACAUCAGAGCGAAAGAGCAAGGCAUCCUGAACCUUGGCGAGAAGUACAAGAAAGAAGGCAAGGCGAAGGAGCUGGCAGAAUUAAUCAAAGCUACGAGGCCGUUUCUCAGCCUGAUAAGCAAGGCUAAAGCAGCCAAGUUGGUGCGUUCCCUCGUUGAUUUCUUCUUGGAUUUAGAAGCUGGAAUCGGCAUAGAGGUUCAGUUAUGCAAAGAGUGUAUAGAAUGGGCCAAAGAAGAACGUCGCACGUUCCUGAGACAGUCCCUCGAAGCGAGGCUAAUCGCGCUCUACUUCGAUACAGGUAUGUACACAGAAGCCCUAGAUUUAGCCACAGCCCUUUUAAAGGAACUAAAGAAGUUAGAUGACAAAAACUUGCUUGUUGAAGUGCUUCUAUUAGAGAGUAAAACAUAUCACGCCCUCAGUAAUUUACCCAAAGCGCGUGCAUCUUUGACGUCAGCAAGAACAACGGCGAACGCUAUCUACUGCCCACCUAAGAUGCAGGCUGCCCUCGAUUUACAGUCUGGCAUUCUUCAUGCAGCAGAUGAAAGAGAUUUCAAAACAGCUUACUCAUAUUUCUACGAAGCUUUUGAAGGUUAUGAUGGAGCAGACAGCCCUAAAGCCUUGACUGCUUUGAAAUAUAUGUUGUUGUCUAAAAUUAUGCUAAACCAGGCUGAGGAGGUUGGUACUGUGUGCAGUAGUAAAGCAGCUCUAAAGUAUGCUGGCAAAGAGCUUGAAGCGAUGCGUGCUGUGGCAACUGCCUCGCAUAAAAGAUCACUUGCAGAUUUCCAGGCUGCAUUAAAAACAUACAAGAGAGAGCUUGAAGAGGAUGCAGUAGUAAGAGCUCACCUUGGUGCGCUGUAUGACACCAUGUUGGAACAGAACUUAUGUCGCAUUGUAGAACCUUAUAUGCAAGUUCAAGUUGAUCAUGUAGCUAAAUGCAUCAGACUUCCUGUUGUUCAAGUAGAGAAAAAGUUAUCUCAAAUGAUUCUUGAUAAGAAACUGAAUGGUAUAUUGGAUCAGGGAGAAGGUGUGUUGAUUGUUUUUGAUGAGUCACCCCUGGAGAAAACAUAUGAGACUGUCUUAGAAACCAUCCACCAUAUGAGUAAGGUUGUUGACACACUCUACCAGAAAGCUAAAAAACUCUCAUAGGCCUGUAAAUUGUUGUAGCAUUAAAACUAUAAAAUAUAUAUCAAAUAACCUUAAAUUUCAGUUGGAGUAACUAAAAUUAAUGCUAUUUUUUAAAUGAAUUUCCAAAGGAGAACACAGCAAAAUGUAGCCUGAACCUGGAAAAAUUAACCACCACAUCUAGCAUUAAAAAGAUCUUGCAAUGUACUUUGAUAGUUACAAGUGCAUUUUAUUUUGAACCAUUGUAUGAAAAAGAAAUGACAUUUUAAGAAUAGCAUUUUCAUAGGCAAUUUGUAUGAAAAAGCUAUUAUAAAAGCAUCCAUGUCUUUUUCAUUCAGUGAUGGAAAAUAAGUUGUCAUGGUAUAUAUGGUAGUACGGUUUAGCUGGUCCUCCUUACAUUUAUUAAAUCACUAUAAUUAUUUUUGAAGCAUAUGUUUGAAAUAACCAUGAUUUAUAUAAAAGGUAAAACUAUGUACCUAUUUUU